GGACUCACGUGGUGACCUUGAAGUAUUCGCCCCAAGUCGACAUGAUGAACAAUCGAUCAAUUGGUUGUUCUUAUUGAAAUUAAGAAACGUUGGCGGGGUAGUCGGAGCUCGAUAUGAGGGGCGUUACUUUCACAGCACCGGACAGGUAUGCGUAGAGGUGAUCGCAGAAAGGAUUUAGAGGGACGACUGAAUUGAAAGUCGAUCUAAUGGUACCCCGCGAGGAUCUUCAACGAACAAGAGAACAUAGAAAAACCCACUUGAUGAUUGCAUGAUGGAAAAUAAGUCCCUGAUGCUCUUCCGCCUCAAUGCGCCCACUCCGACGAGGCUUAUGCCUACUAUCCUCCCUCCGAACACCAACAUGGUCGGCUGCAGCCCUUCGCCCUGUCUUCGUACGAUAUAAUUCCUCUUUCUCCUCCGAUCAGUUCGCUCAGCUCGCGAGCCGCGAAUCCUCCCAGCACCAGAUCUAUCAGUCCCUCUCAACGGACCCAUAUGUCAACUUAUCAAUUGAACAUUUCCUGCUAGAAAAUGCCCCACCAGACUCGAGCAUCCUCUUCCUAUACAUUAAUCAGCCAUGCGUCGUGAUCGGACGAAAUCAAAACCCGUGGCAUGAGACCAACCUCCUCGCCCUACAGAAUGACCGCGAGCCAAACACCCAAGGGAAGAAUGACAACGGCGCGCUCCUUGUGCGCCGAAGAUCAGGUGGAGGCGCCGUCUACCACGACGAAGGCAACCUGAACUACAGCGUGAUCUCACCCCGGACAACAUUCACUCGAAACAAGCAUGCAGAGAUGGUAGUGCGGGCAUUGCAUCGCGUCGGAGCUACGAACACCAGUGUCAACGAUCGCCAUGACAUCGUCAUGUCGACCGGACAGCCACAGCCUCGGAAAAUCUCCGGCUCGGCCUUUAAAUUGACCAGACACCGCGCACUGCACCAUGGCACAUGUCUGCUGGACACUCCGAAUAUCAACCGGCUAGGCUCCUUCCUGCGAUCGCCGGCUCGGGACUAUAUCAAAGCCAAGGGUGUGGAGAGUGUUCGGUCUCCCGUGGCGAAUGUCUCGUCUGUCUUUGUGGAUGCUAUGAUGCCUUUUUCUAUCGAGCGCGUCAUGGCUAGUAUUGUUGAGGAGUUCGCCCAGAUGUAUCAAGUGGAUGCCGAUGCUGUGCGUCGUGCGCAACGGGCUCAUGCCCUUGAACCGGAGCUGUAUGCGGGUGAUACUUGGGUUGCGGGCGCGGUAGGGGAACAGCAGGGCUACGGAGAGCCUGAGAUUAAGAAGGGCAUUGAUGAAUUGACGUCCUUGGAGUGGAAAUACACCCAAACACCACAGUUCACCUUCUCCACGUACCCCAUUGAAGACGAUCCACGUGAAAGACCCCCUCUACUAUCCACGUUGCCGCAUGCGACACGUGUGUUCCUCCGCCUGAAACACGGUGCUAUCAUCGAGAGCCAUAUUUCGACCUCUGGAGAUGUGUCUGUAGCUUCCGAGCAGGCUGCACGCGUGCACGAGGCUUUAAACGGCCGUAAGCUCCACGAGAUCACUCCGGCUCAGUGGCAUAAGAUUUUGCUUGAUCGACUUGGUGCUGAUGUAGAGGACAAGACUUUGCUAGAACUUGCUAAGUUUAUCGGGAGUAAGCUUGGUUGGGACACUAGUUUGUGAUGCUCUUAUGAUUGUUAUAUAGAUGUAUCAUAAAAGACUGUAUAUUAUAGCUGUGCCUACGGGCCUAUGUGUACAACAUAUAAGACUUGUUUGUAGAUAGCU